GUGAGUGGUCACGUGCCUGACUGGGCGGUGGCCAUCCUGGACAAGAGCCCCGAGCAGAGAACUCACCAGGACUGUCGUCUGCUGCACGCCAUGUUGAGGGGCAUGAAGAACUUUGACCUCUUCACCAGCCAGGUGCAGAUGGCCUUGUGUAAGGCCUUUACCUUGCAAAG